AUGCAAGACCCAGAGGAGACAGAAACAAGAUACCACACUGUCAUCUUCAUUGUGACCGACGACAACGGCGACGGUUAUAUUCACCAUGUCACCGGCGACAUCACAGCGGGAAUGACAUACCAACCCAAGCAAGGCAAACAGCCCGAAACCUCACAAACCUUCCACAGAAAAGAAUUCCUUGGACUGGUCCAAAAGUCCAAAUAUCCCGACGAAGUUAACCGUGUGUGCAUGUCCGUGCCGCCACCACAUGCCCAGAAGCGAUUCAACCCCCAGACCAUGCGCUACGAACAAUUCAAGCCCGACGGAUCCUUCUACGCUCCUGGCGAACCCCGCCCAAAGUACUUCAAAUGUACCGAGUGGACGGAGAGUAAGGCGAUUCCUGCUUUGUUCCAAGCUGGCGUCCUUGAGCAAGCUCAACACUCCAUCAGUUUUGACGAUAAGGCCAUUGACAAUCUUCAUGGCUAA